AUGGAACCCGCACAGUCUCCACCUACACCUUCUCGGCCACUGCCCAAGGGUCUACCCUCUCCGGCCGGGGCCAUACAAGCUACUCCAUCAGCUGAUCCGCCACUGGUGCGGCGUCGCAAUUGCGAAUUAGACACUCACGUUCGCGUACAGCUAUCAACAUUGAAGGAUAUUGCCGGGUGGUCUUAUACGCAAAUUCACGAAAGAUUCCCUCAAAUUCCAAUCUCAACUAUCAAAACCUCAUGCAAGCGAGCGCGGGAACGGAAUAGCUUCGAGACUGGAAAGCGUUCUGGACGACCAAAAAUCCUUACAGACAGUGAUGUCGAGAAGAUUCUAUCAAUGUACAAAAAUGAUCCGAGUAUCCCGUACAAGGAUCUUCUCGAUGCGGUUGAUAACAAGUGCAGUAAAGCUGCAAUCUCUCGCCUCAUUACUUCCCAGAAAAAUCUCCCCAAACGACCUAUCGUGAAGAAGCAACCUGUGCCGAAGACAGCUCCACCUGGAAGAAUAUUGGUUCGGGAUCUGGAUGCUAAUGGUGUCCUUCGGCAACGGCCUGUACCAAACACCGAGAUCUGGGCUAGGCACUCUAUAUCAGACCACGCGUCUCUUUCUAACGACCCUGCCGAUCCCCCACCGCCACUUCCUCUCAAUGCCAAGCCAUGUGGAGUCGAUAAGUGA